GGAGAAAAAAAGAAACUUAAAAAUUCAAAUUAGAAACACAUAUUGAAGCAGUCUAUCAAAUUACGAAUCGAUAUGAACACGUAGGCCACAGUUUUAUUUUUCUAAAUUUUCACCGGAAGAGAAGUUUUACAUUUCCGCCCAAGCAUUAAUGAACGCGGAAGUGCCGCCGAAGACGAAAUUACGCCAAUGGGAUUUUCAGAUGUUGGACGUUUUUGACAGCUUUACUUUCACUCCAUAUCCUCGUUUUGAGCUUAAAAAUGAUUUGCGUAAACUCAUAUACACACAAUUUAAUAUUACAUAGAUAAUGCUGUACAUAUACACGCCUGACUGUAAUACUAAAACGUAUUGUUAUUGCUGGACAAAACAAAAUACUAUUUCCACAUCACGGAGAUCAUCAGGAUGGAAAAUGGCACUUCGGCAACUAAAGGAGAAGAGUUCCUCUCUAGAAUGGCUCUCAACGACAACAAAGCUGGUAUGGAGGGCCUUGACAGAGAUAAAAUCAACAAGAUCAUCAUGGAAUCAUCAAAGGGAUCCAAGUUUUAUGAGAACGAGUUGAAGAGAGAGCAUCAGGUGAACCAGCGCAUUGAGAAAAUGAUGCUGCAAAAAGCACAAAUCACACAACAGCAGUUAAAUAAAGCCCAAGCUCAGGUGGAGAGAAUGGCCUCUCAAAUGGAGAAGCAUCGUGAUCUGAGCCGUGUGAUUGUUCAUGUGGACAUGGACGCUUUCUAUGCUGCGGUGGAGAUGAGAGACUGUCCUGAUCUCAAGGACAAACCCAUGGCUGUUGGAUCAAUGAGCAUGCUGUCUACAUCAAACUACCAUGCCAGGAAAUAUGGUGUUCGGGCAGCUAUGCCAGGAUUCAUAGCCAAAAAACUUUGCCCCCACUUAAUCAUUGUUCCAUGCAACUUUGAUAAAUACAAAUCAGUGAGCAAUGAGAUCAGGGAAAUAUUUGCUGACUAUGAUCCUCAAUUCCAGCCAGUGAGUCUGGAUGAAGCCUAUCUGGACUUUACAGAGCACCUGGAAUUAAGGAAGAGCUGGCCAGAAGCUUCGCGAACACAUCGCUACCGCUCCAGCAGCAAUUAUAUAGGCAAAGAGCAAUCUGAACAACAACAGGAAUCCGAGGUGCAAGGCUUCUCCCCUGUGCUGUUUGAUGACAGCCCAGGCUCCUCUCAGUCUUUAUCAAGUUCUGAAGCUGCUGAUCGAACGGGUAAAGCCGCCGAGGUGUUCGGUACGUCUGUUGAGGAGGCUGUGAGAGAAAUGCGCUUCCGUAUUGAGCAGAAGACGAUGUUGACGGCCAGUGCAGGAAUUGCUCCAAACAUGAUGCUGGCCAAGGUGUGCAGUGACAAGAACAAACCUAACGGACAAUACAGACUGGCAUCCACCAGGGAGGCCGUCAUGGAAUUCAUCCAGAACCUUCCAGUUCGCAAAGUGUCCGGCAUAGGGAAGGUGAGCGAAAAGAUGCUGAAUGCUCUGGACAUCAGUAGCUGUGCUCAUCUCGGCCAGCAGAUGGCAAUGUUGUCAUUGUUGUUCUCUGAGACCUCCUGGCAUCACUUCAUGCAGGUUUCCCUUGGCUUGGGCUCCACAUACAUUGUGAGGAACGAUGAAAGAAAAAGUAUGAGCACGGAGAGAACGUUUAAAGAACUGAAUAAGCCUGAAGAGCAGCUGUCUUUAUGCAGAGAACUUUGUGAAGACUUGGCACAAGACUUGAAGAGAGAAGAUCUCAAGGGUAAAACCAUCACGCUGAAGUUGAAGAAUGUGAACUUUGAGGUGAAAACCAGGGCAAUGACGCUCCCCUGUGCUGUCGCCACUGCGGACGAGAUCUUCGCUGUGGCCAAAGACCUUCUUAAGACUGAAACGGAGAAUGAAAAUCCACAGCCACUUAGACUGAGGCUCAUGGGUGUUCGGAUCUCUGCCUUUGUCAGUCCGGAUGAUAAAAAGCCUCUGCAGAAGAGUAUCGUUGGUUUCCUCCAAUCAGGCAAGGCGGACGCUCGAGGCUCCACCCAGGAACGACAUCAACAAUUUGAAGAGGAUCGGCUCUCUUCUUGUCCUGCCACAGCACAGACAUGUCAGACGAAAGAAGAGUCUUCCUGGCAGAUGAAGAAAAAGGGCUUACUGGAAGACAUGCCUGCUGACCGAUCACAGCUAUCUUUUUUUCAAAGAGCCCAUGCUAAAAGACUGCAGCUUCAAGUUGAGGAGACCGUAUCUGUGGUUACAGUUAGAGGUGAUGACGCACAUAGAGUUGAGUCACCCAAAAAGGGUGUGAGUCGAGAGAGUGCUGCCUCACACCUUUCAGAAAUUGGUGACGUUUACUCCUCUGAGGUUCAAGCAUCGACGUCAAGCUCUGCAUCGAACUGCCUCAUCUGCCCUGUGUGUUUUAGAAAGGUUAACACAGAUGAUUUGAAUGUCUUCAACAGCCAUAUCGACAAAUGUCUCAGUGAAGGAGAGAGCCAUAUAUCGGACAGGAAGUCAGAUUUAUUCAAAGACCUUAAAGAAAGUGAGGUGCCUGGUUCUGAUGCAGAUGAGGACCAAAAAAAUAGGCAGGACCAACACAACCUGACAAAUGAUUACGUUCACAAGGUUACGUUGAUCAAGUGUGAUGGAGAAACAGUGCCCUCACAUCAACCUCGGUUGUGUCACAAUAAAGAUCUUGACCUCAUCUGCCCGGUGUGUCAGCUGACCCAGGACACAAAUGACCUCAAUAUCUUUAAUUGCCACGUUGACCUCUGCCUGAACCAGGAAGUGCUGCAAGAGAUGGGGACAUCACAGUCAGUUGAAGUUGCUAAGGCCAUGGUAAUAGACAAAAGCAUCCCUCCUCUGAAGCAAGCAGGCAGAGGUAAAAGCAAAAGACGAGACACGUCGUCAUACCUACCCUGUAAAAAGGCCAAAGGUCUGAGCCCUCACAACACCAUUGACAAGUUCUUCAGGUGACAAUGGAUGCACAAAGAUUAUUUUGAAUUCUAAAGUUGGAAAUGCUGGAAAGCAAAAUUGCACUCAAAUCCAGAUUGAGAUGAAAAUCUUGAUGGUAAAAACUAAUCUUUUGUCUUGAAGUUAUUUAUUUUACUAAUUUGUUGCUAUGAACAACAGACGUCUUAUCCAUUUUAUUGUCGGCAAUGGCAGUGAAUAAGGUAAAUACUGGGAAGACUUCAUAAACAUGUGUACAUUCUUCAUAACCGAGUUUCUGUAAAUCUCUACCAAAGUAUUUUAAAUUGUUUGUUAAUCAUAAUGCUAUUUAUGACAUGUUUGUUUUUGGUGUAUUUUCCGCGACCCUCGUGAGGAAUAAGCGGCAUGGAAAAUGAAUGAAUGAAUGAACAUUAAAUGAUGAUGCAAGGUUUUUCUUGUAUAAUUAUGUACAAUAAAGCACACUUCAUUUUAUGAUAGUGUCUAUGAUGAUUAAAAUUUUAUUUGCACGCUUUCAAUCCCAGUCUUUUUAACUAAAGACGACAAUGAUACUGUCUAUGAUGAUUAAAAUUAGGGCUGUCAAACGAUUA